GGAGCAACCAUCGCGGCGCGGAUGACGAUUUUGAAAGUUUUCCGCACCAUCCCGAAUGCCAGGCGCAGCAUACCGCACCUGGGCUUUUUUUCCGAGACAGACCUAGCUUCAGCUCCUCCCCCGCGGAGAUAAAAAAACGCCCAGAUUGGGAGAGUCAUGAUGCUGUCGCGAGCUGCCGCGCGCUCGGCGGCGACCUUGCGGGCGGUGACCCUCGCCGGCCCGUCCGCCUUCCGGCCGCAGAGCGUGCCUGCCACAAUCUGGAGCCGGGGCAUGGCGAAGAACAGCAAACCGCAGCCGCCGCGGUUCGCCAGCUCGCCAAACACAUCCGCACAGAAGCCGUCACAACCACCACCCAGCAGCGCCGCGUCGCCGUCCGCCUCACAACCCGUCUCGGAGCCGCCAAAGGAGCAGGCGGCCGAACGGGCAUCCGAGCCUGGAACCCCGCGAGAACCCGCCACCGAAGAGCCGAUACCAGAUCUCUCCAAGCUCCCCGAUCUCACACAGGGUAUCCCGUCCACGCUGGAGUACGAGACCUCGGGAGCGACCGACAAGGCCGCUCUGGCAGCCGUCGAACAGCAGGAAGAGCCACCCAAAACCGGGGGUCGAGGGGGUCGGGGCAAGGGCGAGCUGCCCGCGUCGGCAUACGUCUCCUCGACUGAGCGCCGCCGCCAGAAGAUGGCCACGUGGGCCUUCAUCUUUGCCGGCGUCUCGGCCGUCGUUGGCGUGGCCUACCUCGGCAGGGACUGGGACGAGGAGGAGCUCGCCAAGAACCCCGAAAUCCCCAAUGGCUGGGGCAUUGGCCUCUGGUGGAAGCGCGCCAUGGCCCGCAUGGGCAGGACCGUGACGUACUACCAGGAGCCGGCCUUCGAGAAGCUGCUCCCGGAUCCCGACCCGUCCUUCGCUCGCCCGUACACGCUGUGCAUCAGUCUCGAGGACAUGCUCGUCCAUAGCGAGUGGUCGCGAGAGCACGGCUGGCGAGUGGCGAAACGCCCUGGCGUCGACUACUUCCUGCAUUACCUGAGCCAGUACUACGAGAUCGUCCUCUUCACCACCGUCCCCUUCGCCACGGGUGAGCCCUUGGUGCGCAAGCUGGACCCCUACCGCUUCAUCAUGUGGCCGCUGUUCCGGGAAGCGACCAAGUACCAGGACGGUGAGAUCGUCAAGGACCUGUCCUAUCUCAACCGCGAUCUGUCCAAGGUGAUCAUCAUCGACACAGAUCCCAAGCAUGUGCGCGCGCAGCCCGAGAACGCCAUCAUUCUGCCCAAGUGGACCGGAGACCCCAAGGACAAGGAGCUAGUGUCCCUGGUUCCGUUCCUCGAGUUCAUCCACACGAUGCAGUACAACGACGUGCGCAAGGUCAUCAAGUCGUUCGAGGGCCACCACAUCCCCACCGAGUUCGCCCGCCGAGAGGCGUUGGCUCGUGCGGAGCACAACAAGCGGCUCCAGGCCAAGUCGCGGGGCGGAGGCAUGAGCUGGCUCAGCAGCCACCUUGGCCUGAAGCCCAGCAACAUGAGCCUCAUGGUCGCUCCCGAGGGCGAGGAAAAUCCUCAGGAGGCGUUUGCCAAGGGCAAGAUGCUCCAGGACAUUGCCCGGGAGCGCGGCCUGCGCAACUACCUGAUGAUGGAGGAGGAGAUCCGCAAGAACGGCGAGAAGUGGCUCAAGGAAGAGCAGGAGGCCAUGGAGAAGGCCCAGAAGGAGGCCAUGAAGAGCAUGAAGUCGUCCUUCUUUGGCUGGUUCACCCCGGCCGAGGACAAGAAGGAGAACACCGGCGCCAGCGCUGGCCAGACCAAGAGCAACUGAUGGGCGCGCUGCCCGACGCUGCCUUUCACCACCAUUGUAUUAACAGCAUGACGAACCCCGCUUUUCUUUCUCCGGGAAGUCGAUUGUUCGUGGAGACGAUGCCGGAUUCAG